AUCCAGGAUGGGGGCCUUGGCCAGGGCCCUGCUGGCCGCACUGCUGGGGAUCCUGCUCACACCUGCCCUAGGGGCUCUGGGCACCAACCCGGGCCUGGUGGCCAGGAUCACUGACAAAGGCCUGGAGUAUGCGGCCAGAGAGGGGCUGGUGACCUUGCARAAGAAGCUGCGUGAGACCAAACUGCCUGACUUCUUCGGGGACUUCAGGAUCAAGCAUGUGGGCCGGGGGCACUAUGAGUUUCACAGCCUGGACAUCCCCAGCUGUGAGCUGAGCGGCUCUGCUCUGAAGCCCCUGGUGGGCAAGGGCCUGAGUCUAACCAUCUCCGACUCCUCCGUCCAGGUCCAGGGCAGGUGGAAGGUGCGCAUGUCCUUCCUGAAGAUGGACGGCCACUUCAACGUGCACGUCAAGGGCAUCACCAUCUCCGUCACACUGCUCUUGGGCAGCGAGGACUCGGGGAGGCCCACAGUCACCACCUCCAGCUGCAGCAGCCACAUCCGUGAUCUGGAUGUGGACAUCUCGGGAGAUCUGAGGUGGCUGCUGAAACUCUUCCAUGACCAGAUCGAGUCCAAGUUUCGAAAAAUGUUGGAAACCAAGAUUUGCAGUAUGAUUGAUAAAUCAGUGACCUCCGACCUACAGCCUUAUCUCCAAACUCUGCCAGUCAUCGCAGAGAUUGACAGCUUCGCAGGGGUCGACUACAGUUUAACGGAGGCCCCUCGGGCAACCACCAACAUGCUGGAUAUCAUGUUUAAGGGUGAAAUUUUCCAUCUUAAUCACCGCUCUGCAGUUCCCUUCCUUGCCCCGGCCAUCAACGUUCCUGAGGACCAUGACCGAAUGCUCUACUUUGCCGUCUCUAAUUAUGUCUUCAACACCGCCAGCCGGGUGUACUACCAAGCGGGGUACCUGAACUUCUCCAUCACAGAUGACAUGAUCCCACCUGACUCCAUCAUCCGACUGACCACCAAGUCCUUCCGUGCCUUCCUCCCCCUGAUAGGCAAGCUGUACCCCAACAUGAACUUGGAGCUCCAGGGAGCCCUGCUUCGGGCCCCACUCCUGACCUUCAGCCCUGGGAAUCUCUCCUUGGCCCCCCAGCUGGGAAUCGAUGCCUUUGUGCUCCUGCCUAACUCUCUCAAGCAGUUUGUCUUCCGGCUCGGUGUGACCACUAAUAUAACCGCGACGUUGGCCUUCAAUACCAGCAAGAUCACUGGGCUCCUGACCCCAGGAAGGGUACAAGUGGAACUGAAAGAAUCCAAACUUGGAUUCUUCAAUGUGGAGAUGAUGGAGGCGCUGCUCAACUACUACAUCCGGGAGACUCUCUACCCCAAGGUCAAUGAUAAGCUGGCUGAAGGCUUCCCCCUCCCUCUGCCAAGGCAUAUUCAGCUCCAUGAUCUCCUUCUCCAGAUUCACAAGGACUUCCUGUUCUUGGGUGCCAAUGUCCAGUAUAUGAGAGUUUGAGGACCAAAAGGAAGAUGGGUCUCAGAGGCCACAGCUGGACCCGCCAGACGCAUUUCCAGAUGUGCAGCAUAUCUCCAGAGAUUCCUGAAGGAUGAGGACAUUUCCAUUCUCGGCUCUGGGGGUCCCUGCCUCCCCGCUUCCUCUUUGCCAGGUGCUCCCGCACCCUCUGACUCCAGACGACUUUCUCCUCUGGGUGGACCACCCUCCCCCUCUGACCUGUGGUAUCUUUAAGAACAGGCAUUGCUGGGCGCCGUGGUGCCCGCAUGGAAUCCCAGCAGCUCGGGAGGCUGAGUCAGGAGGAUCUCAAGUUCAAAGCCAGC